GAAGUCCAUGUGCAGCUGUGUGGACAGCGUGUGUCUGCAUGGCAGGAGCAUGGCGCGGAGUGUGCUUUCGAGGACACGUUAGAAACUCCGAGUCAACACGAGUUCAAUGCUGUGAGAGUUUGGGAAUUUAAGGAAUAGAUGAUGCAGCGUGUGCUGUGUCCUGCAGCCGUCCCAUUGCGCUUUGUGUGCCUGGACCACAACAUGAGGGACCUAAGUAUCGGUGCACAGAUCCUUCAUAUAAAUCACUUUACUGUACGCUGCUUCAGCUCCUCCAGCAUCACCAGGAACUCCGAGUCCCACAAGACACGUCCCAAGGUUCAAACAGCUGCACAGAAGCAUGAAAGAAGCCAGGGAGAAACAGGAGCCUCACCACAGAGCAAUAAAGACCUCGAUCCACUGCAGGACAAAUCAAUUGGCCUCUAUCAGAGGUUUAAGAAGACUUUUAAACAGUAUGGCAAAGUGAUGGUGCCGGUGCAUCUUGUCACUUCCACUGUGUGGUUUGGGACGUUUUAUUAUGCUGCCAUGAAAGGGGUGAAUGUUGUGCCGUUUCUGGAGUACAUUGGCUUACCGGACAAGCUCGUGGGUAUUUUGCGAGACUCUCAGGGUGGAUAUGCACUAACAGCCUACGCAAUGUAUAAGCUUGCUACGCCAGCCAGGUACACGGUGACGCUCGGCAGCACGUCUCUCUCUGUGCAGUACCUCCGUAAACAUGGCUACUUGUCCACCCCUCCUCCCGUCACAGAGUACCUGCAGGACAAGAUGGAAGAGACCAGAGAGAGACUCUCUGAGAAGAUGGAGGAGACGAAAGAACGAUUUUCAGAGAAGAUGGAGGAAACUAAAGAGCUUCUGUCCGAACGCAUGGAAGAGACUAAAGAGCGCUUCACUGAAAAAAUGGAGGAGACAAAAGAUAAGCUGGCUGAGAAACUGCAGGAGUCCAAAGACAAAGUGUCUUUACGGAAGAAAACGGAUUAACAGAAAACGAUGAAUCUCAGAGGGCUGUAAACUUCUACGAAUCACUUCUAAACAGUGUAAAUGUGUUAUGCAUCUCAAACUUCCUGUUUUACUGCAAAUUGAAAUGAUCCAAAGGGCCUGAAUUCUCAUUUAUGUUUAACAUUAUUCAGUAAGACCUAGAAACCUGAACAUGUACAUAACUGAUUAGGGCUGAUUUCUAUUUCCGCGUCAAUGCACGUAGAUGUGCUUGUAUGAAGAAAAAAGAGGUUUAUAGAAAAACAGAAUAUAACCACAAAAACAUGGAAACAGUCUACCUUUCAAAAUAAGUUCAGGUACAUAACUGGACCUCUAAGACAACAUACCUUUAUUCUAAAAGCCAAUUAACGGUACACCACAUAUACCUUUCCCAAGUAAAAUGCUCUCUCUCUCUCUCUCUCUCUCUCUCUCUAUAUAUGUGUUGUCGUUUUUAGCUAUAGUAUGUGUGUGUGUGUGUGUGUGUGUGUGUGUGUGUGUGUGUGUAUAUAUAUACACACACACACACACACACACACAUACUAUAGCUAAAAACGACACAAGAAAAAUAAGUUUGAUACCUUUAUGUCUGAGAGCGUAGAUAUUUGAUGCAAACCGAUAGUAACCACUACCAGAAGCAAAUGAGUGUCUCUUGAUCUUCAGGAAUUUAUUUGUGCACGUUUUAUGUGUGUGGUCUGACUACUGCUUCAUCUGAAAAAGCAGGAAAGUGCCGUUUUUAUUGUAGAACGUAAAUGGCUACCGCGUAGACAUAAACCUCAGCAGUCAAGCAGACACUGAACAGGGGAGUGUAUCUGGGAGUGCACUGGGUCUGGGAUCAAAACUUGAACAAGAUUAGAAUUGGCACAAAAGACAAAGGGGACAGUUUCUCUUAGGAGUGACUUUCUGAAGCACUUGUAUGCCCCAGUGUCAAACCAGUAAGGAAUAAUUGGGAAAUGGUGAAAACUUGAGGUGUUUCAGUGUAAUAUUCCCUCAAAUGGGGGGCACGAUGGAUUAGGGGUUAGCAUGUUUGCCUCUCACCUCCGGAAUUGCGGGUUCGGUUCCUGCCUCCGCCUUGUGUGCACAGAUUUCGGAGGCUUUCUCCCCCAGUCCAAAGACACGUGUUGUAGGCUGAUUGGCAUUUCCAAAUUGUCGUUGUGUGUGAUUGUGCCCUGCGAUGGGUUGUUACACCCGUUCAGGGUGUCCGCCGCCAUGUUUCCUGUGUCCCCUGGGAUAGACUACAGGUUCCCCACGACCCUGUGUAAGAUAAGCGGUGCAGAAAAUUUAUGGAUUCCUACAGAUGAUCCUCAAGCGCAGUGGAAGCAACUAAACUUUUCAUUUCAUCCAGUGCUUUUCUUAUUCUCUGUACAUGCUGCUUUGGCACAUAUGACAAUUUCUCCCUAUAUUAGGAAACACCUCAGCUGGAGUGCAGACAGACUUGUUUACACUGUAUUUUAAUCCAUCUCACUUUGUGACACUACCUUUUCCUCAGCCACAGGUUCUUCCAUCCCGUUGUUCAAAGGCAGUUUACAUCUUACCCGUUUAUAACACAACGUGGUGCAUCUACUUGCUAGAUGAAAAUAAUAAAAUGCUUCCGUACGAGCAGAGCAGGACAAGUGUGCUUUUUCUCUACUAAUACUGUGUGAAAAGGUUUAAGUAGCACCCAUGUUAAAAAUGAUACGACCCGGGUCUCACUUUCUCUAUUGACGAGUAUUACAAUGGCACAAUUGAUGUAUAAAACUUGAAAUAGCAAUAAUCAGUCUUCAAAUGUGUCAAAUUUAGGAAUUUAGUAAAAGAAAUAAUGUGUGAAUGUAUUGUUGCUCGCAGAGCAAAUAAAGAUAUUUAAUGAUUAUUUUAAACAUGGAAUAGUUGUAGGAAAGGUUUGUGGAUGAAGGCAGGUGAAUUGAGUCAGAGGGAAUCAGCGAAAGCCAUAAGUGUAUGUUUGUGGAGAUUAAACUGUCUAUUAACAAAAUAGUGAAAAUCCUAAUUUAUGAUUGAGCACACAUUGUGUUGGGAAAAAUGAAACUAAUCACAUUGUCUUCUAAUAAACUACUUUUGUUCAUCCUUA